AUGACGGGUCGUUGGGCGAGGAGGAGAACGGAGUCGGGCUAUCUUCCAGCUGCCAAAUCGACGUUUCCACUUGGCUUCUGGCUGUCACGUGCAAAGAUUCCGGCCAGCAGAGGGUCUUUUUGGGGGUCUCAGCCACUUGACGAGUCGUCGUUUUUCUCCUCCCACCACCACAAGCUCCCCUCAAGACAACACCCAAUGGCCCGUACCAAGCAAACCGCUCGCAAGUCGACUGGAGGCAAGGCCCCUCGUAAACAACUUGCCACCAAGGCCGCCCGCAAGACCGCACCUGGCCCGACAGGUGGUGUCAAGAAGCCCCAUCGUUUCCGGCCUGGUACCGUCGCGCUCCGUGAAAUUCGUCGCUACCAGAAGUCGACUGAGCUGCUCAUCCGCAAGCUCCCCUUCCAGCGUCUUGUACGUGAGAUCGCCCAGGACUUCAAGACGGACCUCCGUUUCCAGUCGAGCGCUGUCAUGGCCCUCCAGGAGGCUGCCGAGGCGUACCUUGUCUCGCUCUUCGAAGACACUAACCUCGCAGCCAUCCACGCUAAGCGCGUCACCAUCCAACCCAAGGACCUCGCUCUUGCCCGCCGUCUCCGUGGCGAGCGCUCGUAA